UAUAUCAGAAUUUUUUAACUCAGUACACGUGCUCGUAGCCUUACAAGGUAGUGCAAUAACAACAAGUUAAAACAAAAAAUAACCAAAACACCCAAAGUGCCAUUUGCGGUUCUUCGUUUUUUCAAAUUUAAACCACUUUUUUAGUCAAAUUUAUCAUGUACGGAUUCUCACUCAUCGUAUGCGCACUCAGCCUGUUUUCAAUGUACCAAUGCAUUCCACCUUAUGGAUCAAGCGAUGUAGGCUAUGGCGGUGGUUACUCAAGUCACGGAGACGAACAUCACGAGUCACCGAAACCGUACGCUUUCGGAUACUCCGUUAAGGAUUUCAAAAAAGGCACCAAUUUCAACCAACACGAGAACAGCGACGGCCACACCAUCAAAGGCCAAUACGAAGUAGCCUUACCCGACGGUCGUAUGCAAAUCGUCUCCUACCACGCUGACUGGAAAAACGGUUACCACGCUGAUGUGAAAUACGUCGGUGAAGCCGAACAUCCAGAAUUAUACGCUCAUCACGAUUCUGGAUCUUAUGGCGCCGGAUAUGGACACGGAGGAGAUGCCACUUCAUCCAAUUUCCAAAAUAUCUACGAAGGUGGACACCAUUACAGGAAAUAAGUUCCUAUAUACAGCCUGAUAUUGUACGAACUCGUCAGCAUAUACUUUGUAAGUUGUAGUCGUAUAUUAUAAAGAUAGAGGUAUGUGGAAGGACGGAUGGAUGCGUCCUCCCCUCCUCCCUUCUCUGAACCACACACCUCAUCUUUAUAUAUAGCGACGAAAUUAGAGUAAAGAAAUUAAUUCUACAACUGACCUGAAAAAAAAUGCUAUUCUGUACAUUAAGUAUAUGAAUAUUACGUAAGCUUUUCCUCUUUUUUCUUAUCUUUCUUUUUCUUUUCAUCUUGAAUUUUUUUCUUCUCUUCUUAUAGUAGUAUUAUACCUAUUUGUAGUGUUUUCGUUCGUUCUUUCGUAAUUUUUAACUUUGUUGUUGCCGAAUUGAAAAUUUGAAUUGUAAAUUUCGACUUAAUUUUCCUUCUUCUUCGCGGUUCGGGUUCUCUCGUGUUUUCGGUGAUAAAGAAUGAAAAAAAAACGAGCAGAAGCGGAUUACCUAAUCGUAUCUUAAGCAGCGGUUUACGAAACAAAUAAUGUACAUUGCUGGUCGCGUUGACCGAAAAUUUACUACUCACCUUUCUCCCUCUGCUCGUCAAGUAUAUAAGUUCGCUUUCGAUUGUACGAUUUCUCAAACACGUAAUUAAUUUUGCAUUUAUCAUCCGCCAUUCUGGGUGUAUAAGAUGAUGCUACUUAGUACUUUGUAAUGUUUUGUUUUAUUUUGAAAUCAUUACGUAGGUACUGAUGAUACUGAUUGAGAUGGUUUUUUUUUUCGUUUUUUUUGCUCUUUCGUCUACUUUUUGAAACCUUUUUGCUGAAAAUAUAAAUUUGCAGGUAUCGCACAUUUGAACGAACUUUACAGAUGAUCAAUAACUGGUUUUUCAUUUUUUCGUAUAAAAUGUUGAAAUUAUACCCAAGUUAUAAAAAGUUAACCAAAAAAGAAAAAAAAGUUACCAAAUACUAUUUUAUUUGUUCCUUGAUAUUAGAUUAAUUUUUUUGUAUAAUUUAUUUUGUAAGAAUCCUUUGUAUUGUGUAUUUGUGGAAAUUUUUUGAAUAAAUUGAAUUUUUCCAUA